AUGGCGCACGGGGGCCUGCAGGCGCUCGGGCUGGCCCUGGCCGGCGCCGGCUGGCUGGCGCUGCUGGCGGCCACGGCGCUGCCGCAGUGGGAGGUGUCGACGUUCGCGGGCGACAGCAUCAUCACGGCCCUGGUGACCAUGAAGGGGCUCUGGAUGAGCUGCGUGAGCACCAGCACAGGGCAGCUGCAGUGCAAGAGCUACGACUCCGUGCUGGCACUGCCAGCCCCUCUCCAGGCCACGCGUGCCAUGGUGGUCUCGGUGGUCCUGGGCCCGGUGGCGCUGGGCGCGGCCCUGGCCGGGAUGCGCUGCACGCGCUGCGGCGGCGACGACCCCCGCAAGAAAGCCUCGGUGGCCGGGGGGGGGCGGGCCCCUUCAUCCUCGCAG